UACUUUUUUCUUUUUUGUAUCAAACUUCUAGGGAAUAUUUAUCGGAAAUUUUUUCCUUCACCAUAAAGUCAAGAAAAUCUUGGAAAAUGGAAGAAAGAAAUGAAUAUAUGGGCAUGGAUAGGAGUAGAAGAUAAAAUUUAAGAUAUUAGUAGCAGUUGCCAAAUUAUUUUGGUUUUUGAAAUAGCUACUCGCUACGAUAAGAAUAUUCGAGUUUUGAACUAAGGAGAUUGUUUAUUGCAUAUCCUAAAGCCACCAUUACGAUGUCUUCAUAUUUACGGGGAUCCGCCAAUUAUGUCUGGUCUACCACCAGCAUAUUGGGUAAAGGAGCAACGGCAACAGUCCAUCAAGGAGUAAACAAAGUUAAUGGCGAACCAGUAGCAGUCAAAACUUUCAAUCACAUAUCAACUUUGCGUCCGCAAGAAGUCCAAAUUAGAGAAUUCGAAGUUCUGAGGAAAGUUAACCAUGAAAACAUUGUUAAAUUGCUGGCAAUUGAAGAAGAACAAGAAAACAGAGGUAAAGUCAUUGUCAUGGAACUUUGCACAGGCGGCAGUUUAUUUAAUAUAUUGGAUGAUCCAGAAAACACAUACGGACUGGAAGAAUCGGAAUUUUUGUUGGUGUUAGCUCAUUUGUACGCCGGCAUGAAACAUUUGAGGGAUAAUAAUUUGGUACACAGAGACUUAAAACCAGGGAACAUCAUGAAAUUUAUUAAAGAUGAUGGAACAACUGUUUACAAGUUGACAGAUUUUGGUGCUGCCAGAGAACUACAAGAUGGUCAACACUUUGUAUCUCUUUAUGGUACCGAGGAGUAUCUUCACCCAGACAUGUAUGAGAGAGCAGUUUUGAGAAAACAUGCUAAUAAGACUUUUGGUGCUACAAUUGACUUGUGGUCUAUUGGUGUGACUCUUUACCAUGUUGCUACGGGGAAUUUACCUUUUCGGCCCUAUGGUGGUAGAAGGAACAAGGAAACCAUGCAUCACAUUACAACAAAGAAGGAAAGCGGGGUUAUAUCCGGAAUCCAGACCAAAGAGAACGGCCCCAUCGAGUGGAAGAGAGAACUUCCAGUCAACUGUCAACUGAGCGUGGGACUUAAGAAAAUCGUCACUCCCUUACUGGCCGGCCUUCUCGAAGCCGACCACCACAAAAUCUGGAGCUUCGACCAGUUUUUCGGCGAAGUCGACGCCGUACUAGCCCGAAAAGCCGUUAACAUAUUUCACAUCAACAAGUCCACUCUUAUCAAAGUCUAUAUUGACCCUAAAGAGUCGUACCGUCAUUUGCAAGAAUACAUUUUCGAACAGACGGACAUCAACGAGGAAAAUCAGAUUUUGCUUUACAAAACCUCACUCCUGACGAAUUUAGUUGAGGAGUACGUAAACGCGAGUGGUUUCCCUCAAACGGCCGAGACUGAUCCCUUGUUCCUGUUCAAUAAAGAGAAUAACAACGUUAACAUUCCUCCGUUUCAAGAACUGCCAAAAUUUAACGAUUUUUCCACAGUGAUAUCGGUGGAGAAUGACGCUAGUCAGGCGAAGUUCGCUUGUAGCAUCGGACACCAAGCUAAGAGACAAGUAGAACGAUUCUCGCUAUAUAGCCAACUAAUUUGUGAUACUGUAGAUAACUUAACGAAAUAUAUUAAUGGUAAUUUGAAAGAUCUCCACCAGCAGCUCCAGCACUUGUUGGAGAAAUGUCAGAUUUAUAGGAAAACUGCUCAGAUUUUCGAGAUGUCGCAGAAAAUUAGCAAUUACAGUUUGAAAUCUAAUAGUGCUGCGGAGUUAGAUAGUAUUAGUAAGGAUUUUACGACGACUGUGGCGGUGGGAGUGCAUGGAUUGUACAAGCAGCACAGCGUGGAGAACAAUCUUAGACUACAGUGGGAUACGAUGAGCAGGGAUUUGAAAUGUCCUUCAAAGACUUUAGCGCCUGCCAGAGCACGCACCCAAGUAGAGCACCUCAGAGACUCUUGGCAACAUCUUGUCCGAGACAGAGCUACGCGAACUCUAUCAUACAACGACGAGCAGUUUCACAUACUGGAAAGAAUCAAGAUCACCCAGACCAUCAAUCGAGUGAAAAAUCUUUUGGAAGUCGAAGUUUUCCCGCAGUACGAAGCCCUGUCGGAAAACUUCGGCGACUGGUACAAAAUGGCUCAGAACGUGCAUUUAAAAACAGAAAUCCUGGCCUCUGAUGUUGAAAAAUACGAAAACAAACUGAGAGACUUCGGCGAGAAGCUCUCUAUCGACAAUGUCGAUUUUAACGAUUAUAUUAAGAAUAACUUUGACUCUUCCAAAAAAACCAACGUGGUUAAAGGUAGGAGGAAUAUGAAGAGCCAAGAACUGAAAAAUAUACUGGAGGGUUAUAAAAAAGAAAGUAAUCAUAUUAAGGAAGUUAUAUUGGAAAAUUCGAAGUUGAUUAUAAGUGUUCGCGAAUGUUCGGACGAAUUGAAAGAGAAAUUUUUAAACAUUGAUUAGCGUUAAGUUAAGAUUGUUUCUGUUAGAUCGUUUUAAGGGAUUGCUGAUUUUGUUAGCGUGCAAUAAUAGAACAUUGUUUGAUACUAUGUAGUAUGUCCCUAGGUUGUCUUUAAAACAGGAAAAACUUUUUUAUUAAUUUUUGAAAAUAAUACAUUCUUCCUAAUGCAAACUCUCAGAUGCAAAAAAAGGCAACGGAGAAAAUUUUGCUCAAAUUUAAAGUGCUAUAUUUUUGUUA